AUGGCGGAGCUCUCAUUGUUUAUUCGUCUCGUGUUGACGCUAUUUCUAUUGACACUCUCGCUGUUGAUUUACAAAUGGGUACAAAAACCUUUGCCUAUGACAUCACAAACUUCAUCGAAACGCUCGAAAAAACGCAGUAAGAAGAAGAGCAGUACGAAAUCCACUGCUGAUUCUGAUUCACCCACGCUUUCCCAAGAGUCUCCACAGACGCCUUCAACGUCUGUAGCCUCCGUACCAAAAGCAUCCGUUCCUGUAUCUCAGACGAGUGGAGAUGAUGACUUGAGUGACAGUGACUCAGAUGACGGCUACACGGCUGCGCAGGUACUGGCCAAACGCAAGUUUAAACCCGUGAGUCUCGGCGGCAGUCGUCUUGCCCAAAAAAUUAAAGCUUCUCUGCCACUUAUAGACGCUGGAAGAUUUGAAGUAGGCCAACAAGUAUUGGCCAGAUUUGGUGGUGGAGAUCGAUGGUUUCCAGCAAUUGUGUUGGAGCAACGCAAAGGUAACGCGUACCACUUGAAAUAUGACGACGGAGAGGUGGAAUUCCGAGUCCCGGCCGAGUUCAUCAAGCUACAGCCGACAAAGAGUGAAGAGAAUGAAGGCAGCGAGCGAAAGGAUGUUUUGCUUGAUGCAGGAACCGAAGAGGUGGUACAAGGUGCUGCAGUCCAAAGGGAAGCGUCAGACUCUGAAUCAAGCGCAUUGGACGAUGACGGGUGGCAGGUGGUGGGCACCUCCAGUGCUUCAAAACAUCGUGCACGUCGCUUGCAAGUGGCUACGCCGGCUGAGCCGAUGAUGGAUGGUCUUACGAAACGUCAGCGGGAGAAUCGCCGCAAGAAGGAGCGGCAACGUGAGAAGAAGGAACUGCUUCGUCAGCAUGCGCAAAAGGACGACUUGGACGCUCGCGCACGUUGGCGCUACGUGCCGUCGUAA